AAACGCGCCGACUAGCCGUUAGCUUGACAUUUUUCAAUCACUCACCCUUUAAAACCCUCAGCUUCCCCCUGCUUUUAACUCGAUCAAAACCACCAUCAUUUCGAUUCCAGUUAACAAUCGACCUUUCAUAUUUUCAAGUACAGCCUGUCAAGUUCCAAUGGCUAAAGUAUCUGCUGUUCUCUCUCUCCUUUACCUGCUCUUUUGCUUCAUUCCAGGUGGAACUUUGAUGAUGGUAAAUGGGCAGAAAAGUUGGUGUGUGGCUAAGCCAUCAUCGGACCAAGCAACUCUACUGGCAAACAUUAAUUUUGCAUGUUCUCAAGUGGAUUGCCGUGUAAUGCAAAAGGAUUGUCCUUGUUUCAGCCCUGAUAAUCUGAUGAACCAUGCUUCCAUUGCCAUGAAUCUUUACUACCAGGCCAAGGGAAGAACCGAGUGUGAGUGUGAUUUUAGAGGCUCGGGUCUUAUUGUCACCAGUAAUCCAAGUUAUGCUAACUGCAUUUAUGACUAGCUGAGCUUAUGAGUGGACAUGGUGUGGUUCGAGCAGUUCUACGUGUGUUUAAAUUUAUAUAUAAAGUACAAAUUGAUUUUGAAUUUAUUUGUAAAAUUAAAAGUUUUUUAUUAUUGUGGAGUGGUUACAAAGU